AUGCCCGGGCCGGACGACCUCGCACACCUCAUCCUGCCGACCCUCGCCGCCGACCGCCGCGAGACCCUCCGCCAGAUGUACCUCCAGGGCCUCGCGGACGGCUCAAUCCGGCCCUUCCUGCUCCCGCAGGCCGUGCUCGGUACCUUCCUAAUUCCCAUCCUCUACCUGGCCGUCCCGCACGCCCGCCUGCCCUGGCUGCGCCGCGCCCGCUUCGCCGUCUUCGCGGCCAUUGUCGCCAUCAACGCGCAUCUGCUGCUCACGGCCUCGAGCGCCAAUAUCGCCUUCGCCUACGCCGUCGGCCUGUCGGCCGCGUGGGGUGUCAUGUGGAGCGCCGCCCUGCUGCUGUGGAUGCGCCCGCAGGACGACCUCGCCCGCGUCGACGCCCGCGCCUGGAGCGGCACGGGAGCUCGCAGCCGCGCGAGUUCGCUGGCCGCCCAGGAUGGGCCGAUCGUGCUGAACCACGGCAACGGCAGCGCGCCAGGAAGUCCAGGCCCGUCGUGCAUCAUUCCCAGCAGUCCCAACGGCGCUGGCGGGGCUGGAGGCGUGCAUUCGCGUAAGCGCAGCGACGGGACGGUGCGGAGGCGCAAGUCGGUGCGUUUCACGGUGGCGCCAGACGAGGAUGUGGCGAGGAAGAUGGGCGAGUACGAGUACUACUGGCAAGGCUACCCGGCAGAAGCGUCGUUCAUGACCCGCCUGGGCUGGUGUACAGAUCUGGUUUGUGCAUUCAGGGGAUGCGUCCCAAACUUCACGCGGCCGGAGAACCCCCACGCCAACGAGCCCGUCAACAUCGAGUCCAUCCCGCAAGUCAGCGUCGCGGGCUCAAAGCGCUACACCACCCGCGCAGCCUUCUACCGCAACAAGCUCCUCCUCCUGGCGCUUGACUAUGCCGUCCUCGACGCCUGCUCCGUCCUCAUGAUGCAAGACCCCUACUUCAUCAUCGGCCCACUCCCUGUCCCGUCGUCCUCCACAGCGCCGCACCACCUCCUCCCGCCGCACCUCGCACGCCUCCCCUACCCAGUCCUGCACACCUACCGCGCCCUCCUCGCCUUCGCGGGCGUCCUCGCCGUCCUCCAGGCCGUCUUCACCCUCGACGCUCUCGUCCGCCUCUCCAUCCUUGCGCCCCUGGGCCUGAUCAUCCGCGGGCCCCGCGCCGACCUCUGGCACUACCCCACGGGCUUCGGCUCCCUCGCCCAGGUCCUCGACAAGGGCCUCCUCGGCUUCUGGGGCCGCUGGUGGCACCAGACCUUCCGCGCCGCCUUCACCGCGCCCGCCAUCGCGCUGGGCCUGUCCCCGUGGCCCACGGCGCUGAUCGCCUUCGUCCACUCUGGCCUGCUGCACGCCGCCGGCAGCGCCACGUCGGCCGGGCGGGACAAGACGGACCCGCGGGGCCCCUUUGCGUUUUUCGUGCUCGCGUUCCUCGGCGUCUGCGUGCAGGAGGCCCUGGGGCGGGCGCUGCGGGCUAGCGGCCUCGGCCCGGUGGUGUUUCGGCGGAGGUGGGUGCGGCGCGCGGGUAACCUCGCGUUCGUGGUGGCGUGGCUUGUGGCCACGCAGGGCCUCUUCGUGGAUGACCUGGCGCGCGGAGGGAUCUGGCUGCUUGAGCCUGUGCCGGCGUCGCCGCUGCGGGCGAUGGGCUACGGGCAGCCUGGCGAUCACUGGCUGCGUUGGGGGAAGGCGGAGAUCGUGCCGUGGUGGCACUGGGGCAGGCGGUGGUGGGAGUGUGGUAUUGCGCUCUGA